CAGCAGCUGCGGCUGACCUUGCUCAGAGCCCUUCGUCGCAAACCAGCGGGCGAGAGCGAGCGAGCGAGGGAGCGAGAGAGGGAGUGAGUGGGUGACCGAGUAAGAGAGGGAGACAAAGCUUACGGCGAAGGAGGACUCGAUUGUGCGUUCUUCGUCGCUGCGACAAGUGCGAAGGCGUAGAGAGAAGGAUUUUGACGACGGAGGCGAGAGAGAGAGAGAGAGGAGUGAAGUGGAGGUGGAGAGGGGAGAGAGUAUGGGAGAAGGGAUAGGAGAGAGAGAGGAGGCGAGGGAGUGAAGGAGACGGGUGGGGAUGAGGAGGCCGUGGACGAAAGGUUGACGGGGAGAAGUUGUGUGGCGAAAGAGGAGAUCUGCGGGCUGAGGAGAGAGGCUGGCGGGAUGGAUUCGUACGAGGCCACGCGGAUUGUGUACGGGAGGGUGCAGGCCUUGGAGCCCGAGACAGGUAGCAAGAUUAUGCUGCAUCUGCUGCUGCAAGAGCACGGGGAGCGGGAGAUGCUGCGCCUGGCGCUUGGCUCGAAUGUGCUCAUGCAGUCUGUUGUGAAGAAAGCGAAGAAGGAGCUUGGGCUAGACGACAGCCGGAGCGUGAUGCCGCCGCUGCAGAAGCGGCCUGCGCCUCUGUACAUUCCAGAUCACGAGUUUGCUAGCGGUGGCUUUGGUUCCAAUGUGCUGACCUCACCUGGUUUGCUCGACCAGGUGAAGCUGGCCACUAUUCAGCAGCAGCAUCACAAUCAACUGUUUUUGCAGGACCAGCUGCCUUUGCACGACCAUCUUUCUCUUCUUUCAGAUGCAGUCGACCAGCAGAACUCCCUACGUGUAUACACUGACCACUACUAUCCGGAUACUUACGCCUUUUUGAAUAGUAGCAAAGAGAUUCUGCAUUCUCGAUCUAGCAGCAGCCGUGCCUCUCCCAUCGUUGAUAGUUCGUCGCCUCCUGAUCUCGGUCCCACACUUGCGUGGAAACCUUGCCUGUAUUUCGCCAGAGGCUACUGCAAACAUGGAAGCAGCUGUCGUUUCCUUCAUGGGCCGAUGAGGGAGAGCUCAGGCUCUCCCGCAUCGAGUAAUGGACACCGUGAGCUCCGGGUGGACGACGGAAUGGCUCCAGGAUCCCUAGAAAGACUAGAAAUCGAACUCCAGGAGCUUCUUCGGGGACGCCGCGCGCCUGUGUCAAUAGCUUCACUCCCUCAGUUGUACUAUGAACGAUUUGGUAAAACUCUGCAAGCAGAGGGUUAUCUCACUGAAAGCCAGCGGCAUGGAAAAGCUGGUUACAGCCUUACAAAGCUGUUGGCUCGCUUGAAGAAUACUGUGACUCUCAUUGAUAGUGGUUUACUCAGACACAAGCACACUGCUGGGUGUUUGAACAGGCCUCAUGGUCAGCAUGCAGUUGUGCUUGCGGAGGAUGCACAUCGAUUCACCGUACAUCGGUCUGACCAUCGCGGAGAGGAUUUGAGCGGAAUCAACCCAUCUUCACGUCAGAUCUAUCUCACGUUUCCUGCCGAAUCUACUUUUUGUGAAGAGGAUGUAACAUCACAUUUCAGGGCUUACGGUCCAGUCCAAGAUGUUCGGAUCCCCUAUCAGCAGAAGCGGAUGUUUGGUUUUGUGACUUUUGUAUAUUCAGAAACUGUUAAAGCAAUUUUGUCCGAAGGGAACCCGCAUUAUAUUUGUGGAGCCCGUGUGCUUGUCAAGCCCUAUAGAGAAAAAGGCAAACACGGUGACAGGAAAUAUUCUGAGAGGGAAGAUCAUGCCCGGUUUGUACAGAGCCGCAGUAUUGAUGGCAAGGAUUUCGAUUAUCACGCAGUACCCAAAUCCUAUGAAGACGAAGUUGCAUUUACUCGUCAACUUGAGGAGGAGGAACAGGUUCUAGAACUAGGGCGUCGGCGCUUGACUGAUCUGCAUUUAGUGGAUGCACAACGCCGACGUGCUGAGGCCGAUGCUACGAUGGCUGUUGUGGCUGCUCAGAAUCGAGCCCUUGCCAAUGCGGGAUUUUUCACAGAUGAUUUAGGGCUGUCUGAUGAAGGUCUAUCUCAGUUUCACCCAAGCAACUCGUUUGGUUAUCUACUCGACGUCCUCGACGGUGGGGAACAGGGUGACGACAUUGAACCCACUCCUGAAUUUUACGGCAGCAAGCAGAUGAGCAAUGGCAAUGGACAAGGUUUGCCCGAAAGUCCAUUUUCAAGCCCACUGGGAAUGAACAAGCAGAAGAUCUUUUCGUUGCCAGAGAAGUUGAAUGAUUUAAGUAUUCAGGGUUCGCAGAACACUCAGGAGACUCUGUUCAGUUGGAAUGCAGCAACACUGUUUGCAUCCAGUGCGUUUUGAAGAUCAUGCAGAUUAGCAGUAACACAAUGGCGAUAUCAAAGCAUGAAGAAGGAAGGCAAGGAUAUUUAUAUGUUCAUUAUUUAAACACAAUGUGGCGUACAUGCCCGGGCAGUCCAACUCACGCAUCUGCAGCUACCCCAAGAAAGGGGGCUAGAGGCAGGUGCGUGGUGGGGCUGCCAAAUACACUUCUACUAUAGUUACCCUUCUUGUAUGAUGUGCCGAGCAGGACAGAACCCAUUUGCUGGGUGUCAUGUCGAAAGUCCCACAGAUGUAAUUCAACAUUACUGGAUUAGGUUUAGGUUUGGGUGAAGAAGAGAACCUAUGUUAUCAAAUAGAUGUAAUUUCAUCUAUUUAGAAGUAGUCGGCAUUUGCAGUACAUAAAAAGAAGACGAAGACCCGAAGAGCACCCUACAGAAAUUCACAUGACAGUGUUGCUAGAAUGCGUCAGAUACAGGCUAUACAGAAACAGCCCUUGAAUUCAUCCCCUACCCCGAUUUUUGGAUUUCAAUUAUAUCUUCAUCCCUUACCAGCUCUGUGGGUAAUGUAUCUCCCCGCCAGGUUAUGGCAGCAUAAUUGAUGCUGUAUUCAUCCGCAUUUACUGUCCAAA